UUUGUUUUCGGUCUGGUUGUGCCGAUCAAUGAAAUCCAUUAAAUUUCCAGUCGUAACCGGGUAAAUGGAGUCAGGUUAAAAAGUAACAUGUGUGCUCCUAUCCACGGUACCCACCAGCACGAGAAGAUUAAUAAAUUAAACUCGACGCGACGUUUCUUCCUCCACCGGGUGUGCUAUUCUCAUUCUAGGACUAUUCUAGUCUCGGCACGUCCCAAGCUCCUUCUCGCGCAGUCUUGUUUCGCGCAUUGCCCACGGCAGAUUGUAUUGCUCUUACUUUACAAACUUGUCGUCUAUUCUAUUUUACCUUCUUACAUAGAAACACACAGACUCUUUUACUUGCACACACUGACAACACGACUCUUUGCCCCCUUACUUACGGCUUCCUGUCAUUCCACAUUGGACAUUACAUGCUGCUCGUCAAGUCCGUUCAACUCACCGUCGUCCAGUAUUUUCCGUUUGGACUUUGCAAACAAGAGUAGAGAGUGGGAGGAGUAAAACUUAAAUUUAAAAUAAAUAAAUAAACUAGUGAAAAGAUGCAGUGGCGCCGACAGAAGAAAAUCAACCAUGUGAUUGGCUCAGCCCAUCACGUUCUUCUAAUAGCGAGGUACCAAUACGCACCACCGGGUGACGAUGACGAUGAAGAUGGAAUACGAAAGGCCCGCGACAGCAGUACCAGAAAUACUCAAAGUACCCACAAGUCAUCUCACCCGAGGUCUUCGGAGCAAAAAAACAGAACCGAGAACGGAGUUGCGAACGGCGACUCUGCAGGCGCAUCGCCCUCAAGAUCAUCUCAGCCUAAAAUUAUUUUCGACGAAAAUGAGUACACGCGUAUCACAACACCGCGACAAGAUGUACUUUUCAAAAAAGGCUACCUUGCACGUAAGAAAGUUUGGUCGGGCAAUAAUGCCAGCACAAGUGCAACACCGUCGACUACAGAAAGUCAGUCGGCCUCUCACUCCACUGCUGAUGGUAGUGAGACAACCGAGGAUCCCCAGUUACUUGAUUACCGUGAAAACGGCCUUGAGGAAUUUCCAAAUGCCGAACCACCGGCACAGAUGAGCUACGGAACAUUUUAUGAUCACGCUAGUGGUUAUUAUUAUGAGUAUCCUGUGAUGGUCGUCGGACCGCCGAUGCCAGGUCCACCAAUGCACAAUCUUCUAGCCGCUAUGCCAUGUGACGCAGUACCACUUCGACCAAUUGAGUGGGUAAAUCCUGCUUUUGUACCCAAAUACGAGCAGCCGUACUGCCUUGUCGAUUAUCAGAAUCCUCAGGUAGAUCAACAAUUGCCACCGACGAUUCAUGAGAACGGAGUGACUCCAACAGAACCAGAGACUACCAACGGGGAUGAACCUGUGGAGAAUGGAAACGGCAGUACAAGUUGGACAGGAAGUGUCGCUGGAGAAGAGCCAGUGAAUGGAGACGAGCAACAGCAAAGCUCAUCAGCAGAACCACAAAAUCAGCAGGAUCCUCAGGCAAACUUCGACGAAGUGAUAGUAGACAGUAGCUUCCCUAGCGAACCAUGUCUCGAAACUGUCCUUGCUCAGCAGCUACAUGUGUCACAUGUGGGGCCGCCCGUACCUCAGCCUUACAUGUAUCCCGGUCACUAUAUGUUUGGUCCAGCGCUCAUUAAUGUCAACGGUAUGACUAUUCAGAGCGGACCAAUGAUGAGGACGAACGACAUGAAUGCUACAACAACGGCAUUUACCAGACGCAGAAGGAAGAAAAAGUUGAGCAGAAGAAAACUAAGACGACCUCUUGGUCUGGAUAACAGUGAGUAUUGCGGACAAGAAGAAGAAGACUACAGUUCAGAAGCUGAUAAUAAUGGAGUUCAAACUUCAAGUUGUAUAAACAACAGUUUCGUUCCAACGAGCAGUCGUCCGUUAAACCCAAACUGUAAAGAAUUUGAAUUUAAGCCAAGUAAAAUUAUUUCACAAACUUCAAAUGUUACUGUUGUAAAUUCAGUAUCAAUAUCUAAAGUCGUAUCAGAAAAUCACAGUAACGAUUUACAGCCUUCCGAUUUUAAAAUUAAAAAUUCUAUAGAUUUAUCAAGUAGUAAACCAACUACUCCAGAUGCUCACAGUACCCCGACUGAAUCACCUGCGAUUGUUACGAACAUCGAGUACGCAACAGAGGCAAUUGCGAAUGAGUCCAGCCAAAUGAAUGGCCUUGCUAAUGGUAACGGCAGUAAUGAAACUCAAGAAACUGAAAUCGGUGUAGACGUCACGUGCGCUGACUUUAAUGACAUAAUUGAUAAGCUCGAAGACAAUUCCACGGAUAUACCAAUUCAAAAUCCAGUGGAUACGAUUGUGCCAAACGGAAAUGAAGACUGUGAUCGACUGUCCAAUGGUACUGUUAAGUCUGUAGGAACAAACGAUUCACGCGAUACGCCUGUGAUUCAGCGGUUACCGAACAAAGAAAUUUUACCUAAAAACAACGUGCCUAAGAAGAAGUACAAAAGUACAAAAUUGGUUCGUGAACCGACCCCUGGUCCAGAAUGUGAGGAGCAGCAUCCAAGUACAUCUGAACUUGAAACAGAUCUUGAGACUCACGUCGAGGGUGUGCCCAUGGGUAUUGACGCUAUUCAAGCUCAGCUGAAUGCUGACACAUCCAACGAAGAUUCGGGAUUCGAGAGUCAAACGCGUUUUUCCAGCAACCGACCAAUAACAGAUGCCGUGACACAGUGGCUUCGACGUGCCAACUCACCAGAAUUAUUUGUCACGACAAUAAAUAAUAACAAUAAUGAAGAUAGUGAAACGGAGGAUGACGAGUUGGAAGACAGCGAGCCGCCAAAAAACUUGCAGGGCAACCCCAUGCCUGCACUAUCUGCUAAUAGCAGCGCGUACGACGUAACAACGUCGUCGCGUCCGGCUAGCUGCGGCGAAUUCGCAAGAACCGACUCUCCUCGAGAUGGCAAUGCAUCAUCAUCACGCAAAAAAUUGCGCUCGAGGGGUAAUAAAAAAAAAUUACCAAAGAAUAAGACUGCGGUUACGACAAAUAACGAUAAUAAUAAUAAUUCCGACGGAGUUACUUUGACUAAUCGUCAACAACGAAAGAAAAGUCGUGCUGCCGCAAAGCUUAAAAAUAAACAAUUAAAUGGUAAUUGCGAAUUCACGGAGAAGGAUAGCGAUGCGGGUAUGAGGGUUGCCAAUAACUCUCGGAUAACAAAAAUGGAUAAAAUUGAGUCAAUAACAAAUGGUUUUGAAGAAUCUGUUGAAUCUAGUCGUAAGAUUGAGAGGAUCAACAUUGAUCAGGUUAAAACAUAUGAACAGGGAGAGAUUGUUGUGUCUAUUGAUGGUAAAUUAAUAUCCACAACUAUUUGUGGUACUACCAUACAAUUAGAAAAUAAUAUUAAUAAUAAUAUUGAUCAAGAAGGAAUAAAUUAUCAAGAAUCGGUCAAUAGAAGUGCGAAAAAUUCAAUUGGAAGUAUCGAGGAGCCAGACAUGCUCGAAUACUGGGACUCUGAAAACAUUGAACCGUUUAAUAAUAAUAAUAUGAAGCCGGUACUUCAAAAGCAUGAUGAAAAUUCCCAAUCAGAUGAAAUUGAUAACGAUAAUAAUAAGUCUUGCAUUAAAGUCGAUCCAGUAAGCUUAGAUAUUGUUAGAAAGUAUUAUAGACUAGCACGUGGAAGUGUACAGAGUAUUUCGAGCAUUGAAGACGGUAUUUGUGAUUUAAAACAGUCUGAUAAUGAGUCCAAAUCAAGAUUGGUAACUCCAGAGCGCAGUACUGCAGCACAUGUGUGUGGCAAUGAAAUUCCUGUGAUUUCAUCAUCUAAUCAGCAAUAUAUAAAACUGCCAAUAGACGAAGCUAUUGAAGUUUACGAAAGUUGUUACACUGGUAAACCACCAGGAUUAAUAUUUCAUUCGAAUUUAUACAAAACCCAUUCACUUUAUGGCUACGACCGACAUGAAGGACCGAUUCCUUGCAGAACUACGUGUUGUAUUGUUCAGUAACAAGCUUACGUACCGUCCUUAGACACUCAUCACUAAACUCAAUCAUCAUCAUCAUCAUGUUCACUAAUCUACUUCGCCAUUGCUCAUCCCACCGACACUUAAAUAUAAAUAAAUAAACACCAUGCAUGUGAGCAAUGCAAUCAAUCAGAGAGCUUUCACAUUAAAUAUUUAAUGUUUUUUCUUGUAAAUAGCUGUUAAGUUGUUAUUUUACGACGUAUAUUGUAAUAUACGUCGAGCAAUGCGUUUUUUAAAUGCAACGUUAUAUUGUUAAAGUCUUGAGGUGCAAAUAUUAUAGAUAAAAAAAAUAAAAGAAAAAAAAAUGUGACACUACAAAAAUUUAAACAACAUGAAAUUUAUGUCAUUUAUUAACCAUGGUUGGUUGUUAUAACAUUGUUAUUAUUAUUUUUAUUACUAUUAUUAUUAUUAUUACUUAUAUUUUAUUUUUUAAAUGUGUAAGUCACUUGAUAAAGACAAAAGGGCGAGUAACACCAAAAUAUAAUAUUAAUUAAAUCGAUUUAUGUUACACCGGAAACAUUUACAUGCACAGAAAAAAAAGUAUUUUCUUGGCGCUAAAAAUUUUUCGCAUUAUAAAUUUUUAAAAAAAUUUUCUUGGGGCGAGAAAACUUUUCUUGAAGUGAAAAAAAAAUUUUCGCGCCAAUAAAUUUUUUCCAGUCUUAAGAAAAUUUUUGCCUUCAAUUGAAAAUCAAUUCAGUGCAUAAUAAAUCUUGCGCCAAAAAAUUAUUUUUUUCUGUGUAUAUAUAAAUAAAUAUACAUAUAUAUAAAUAUAUAUAUCGUCCUAUGCAUUGUUAUUAUCAUUAUAAUAUCAUCUCCAUCGUCAUUAAUUAUGGGUAAUAUUAUUUUUUAAGAUAUAUAUUCAUUGAAUGAUUGAUUAAGAGAGUUAACGGUGAAGUAUGAUGUCAAAACAUCAAUUAUUAUCAUGGCAUAUUUUUUACUUGAAAAUGGCCGUUGCUCAGGAAUGAUUUGAUGAGUGCUCACAAAAAACAUAAGAUCAUAACAAUUUAUAGAGUUAUCAUUAUUAUUGAUUAUUGAUUAUUAAUUAUUCGGGUUAUUGUUGUUACGAGUAUAAUAAUAAAUAAAAAAAAAGUUGUAAAACCGGAAGUAGGUAAUAGACGCUCUUAUCUAAUAUAUGUUUAUCGACGUACACGUCGAUGCUGAUGAAUAGAUUUUUUUCUUUUUACUUAACGCAAAUAGAAUUGUAGUUUAUUAUAUUUGAUAAUUGAACGUAAAGAUGGAAAUGAGGUAAAGAAAAAAAUUUAAUUGAAUAAAUAAACUGAAGCAAGUGUAACUUCGCAAGCUGCGUAGUUUAUGAUAGCUGGUUACGACAAUGUAAAGUGUCACUAAUAGGCAAGCAGAGCUUGAUAAAUCAUCAAUGGGAAAGCUAAAUAAUAAUAAUCAUUAGGGAUGAAUGAUUCAAACAAAUGUUAUACAAUGUUAUAUAUAUAUAUAUAUAUAUAUAUAUAUAUAUUAAAUAUUAAAAAAUAAAAAAAAAAUAAAUACAAACAAACAUUAAAUAUAUAGAGCGAUGAUUAUUAAUUACUGU